UUAUUUAAUUUCAACAUGUCAUCAAUAAACAUAAAUGCAGUAUUAAAAUUUGCAAAAUUAACAGAUAAAGCACAUGCACCAUCAAAAGGUUCGAAAUAUGCUGCUGGAUACGAUUUAAAAAGUGCCUAUGAAUAUGUUGUUCCUGCACAUGGCAAAGAAUUGAUUAAAACUGAUCUGCAAAUUGAAGUUCCUCAUAAUACGUAUGGAAGAAUAGCACCUCGCUCAGGACUAGCAUAUAAAAAUCAUAUUGAUGUUGGUGCUGGUGUCAUUGAUGCUGAUUAUCGCGAGGAAAAUGUAUGGAAGCUCUGUCAGGAUGUAGCGACCAGACACGGAUCGGAAUUACAGCAUUGCUAUGUUGCUUUCGUGAGCAACUCCUGGCGUAGCGUACCGCUUUGGCGACAACGGGCAGGAAAGGACGAAGAUAAGCUCGUAGUUUGGGACUACCACGUAAUCCUUAUCUACGCACCCGAUGAAAGGGCGGUCGUAUACGAUUUAGAUAGCGCGUUGCCGUUUCCGACGCAUUUCUGGAAAUACGCGAUGGAAACGUUUAGAUCGGACGAAGUGCUGCAACCGGAGCACCACAGAAGAUUCCGACUGGUCCCGGCCAACGUGUACAUGCGAGAAUUCGCCUCGGAUCGGCAUCAUAUGAAGCGCGAGGAUGGAACAUGGAUCAAGACACCGCCGGAUUAUCCUCCGAUCUCAACAGCAACGUGCAAGGACAACUUGGAUACCUUUAUUAACAUGGACCCAGGGACCGGGUUUGGUGUUGUAAUGACUUUAGAUCAAUUAUUCGACCGAUAUCAUAGGCCGAACGCGAUCCCAACGGCUCCCCGUACACCUCAUCCGCAACCGACACCGACUUAAGUAAACUGAUAAGUAAGUUCCGCCAGGAUACCGAUUGUUUGCUUCGAUUUCCAAUUAUCAAAAAAAAAAAAGAAUCAAUUGUAUGGCCUAAGGGAAUUGGUUAGGUGCAUGUACCUUUGUGAACUGAAAUAUUCAGUUAAAAUUCGAUGAUAAACGUUGCUUGAACGUUGCUGAUCGUACAAAGUCGCAGCCACGUUUCUGCGAACGCUGAUAGCUAGAUUGGAACCGAUCAAUUCGUUUCUGUGAACAUUCCUGAUUUUCCAGUAUGCCGUUUUGUCACAGCCCCUCUUUAAAUGUGACGCACUCUUUCUUUGGUUUUUUACUUUUCUUCCUACCUCUGAUCGAGUUCAAUUGCAAGAUAACUUUACUUCACGCACAAUAUUCUUUUUUAAGUGUCGUUGGUUAAUAUUAGUUGGUUAAUUAAUUUCGCACAGUACUAUUAUUGUCGAACGCUACGGUUCCAGUGAUAACUUUGAAAUUCUUCCAUUCUGUCGGGAAAUCAAAACUGCAAGGUAGCCUACGUCUUUGGGAGAAGCAAUCUUUGCAACGGUGGUAUCACUGUAUCCUUGCGGAUAACGAUUAUUCGACGAAAUAUUCGAUACUGUUAGCCAAAGAUAGCGCUAUGGUUGCGAACGGUGCUUCCCGCAAAGACGUGCGCCCCCUCUCGUUAAAUGUAUUUGUAGAAAAAAAUGGGAAAAAGUAGAAAAAAAAAAUGGCUCGCGUUGUCUAUAUCGAUACGCAAAGUUUCCAUUCGAGUGAUUUAGCUUAUCGCGUGUGAAUAACGAUCGUGCUGUGCUGCUUUUUCCAAUAGUCUCGAUAACUAUUUGCCUGUUGUAUUUCUAGGCUAUGCUGAUAUGUUUGUUUCCCUCUUUUUAAAAGCCUUUUUUGCAGAGCCUUGCCGAGACCCCACGUCUCUGUUGUGUGCUACACGUUAACUAUCGACCGUAUUCCAAGUUUUGAGUCGUGGUUAAAAUGACUGUUCUCGUCUUCGUACGUUUUACCAUAAUGCGUAAAUCUUUGUCACGGCUUUGCUCUAUCGGUGGUAUUAUCGUUAUAAUUAUUGUGUCAAAGACUGAUGUAUUUACGGGCGAUUUCCGUACCCGAGGAGAAAUCCCUAUCUACUAGCGCGCGUCCAGAUGCACAGACGCGACUAAAGCGCUUAUUGUCAUUGUGCAAUCGAUAUAGCGAGGGCAGAAACUUAAUCUUUGCGAGAUAAUGUAAUUAUUACGAUUAUUGUAAUUCUUGUGAUACUUUACACUUUCUACUUUGAAUACCUACGCUAUACUUGUCUACUGUUUGUACUAAAAACUGAUUCUUAAUCACCGUGCGUUCGCUUGUCGAAGCGCAAUUUUCUCGAUGAAACUUCCGACCGCAGUGGAAAUCGAGAUUCAAAUUCGAAUGUACGUACAUAUACGCGGAGUCGCAUGCUCCACACGACCAAUUGUCAACAUCGAAAGAUUAUCUUCGAGUCAACGAAUAUAUCUACCUGUCCUCUGUAGAUCCUUCGCGAAGAAUUUUGACAACGAAAAUCUUGGAAUCUUUGAUCUUCCAUAAAAG